CAACCAUUCUUCGUUGCAUAUCGAAUCAUCUCGUUGCUUUUAAAUCUUUCACCAAUGGCGAGCAAUGACUAGAAGAAGAACAGCGCAACACCGUGAUCUCUAUCCUUGUCUCGUAUCUCGUUUUACCUGAAUACAAUGAAAGUGCGCAACGUUCAGUGGGUGGGAGCAUUGUGCGAGAAAGAGAACGAAAAGGAGGGAGAGAAAUCAUCCGUCUUGUAAGCCGUCAUGGCUGAAUCAUUGUGAGGAACUCUUUCAGAAGUACGAUAACAAAUGACAUUGUCAUUAAAAUUAAUAGGCGCGAAAAACCACGGUAUAUGGAACUAUUUUUAAAUCGGACCGCUAAUCUCGAUGUGGAGAUUCCACCAAGAUACGUGAUAAAAACAGCGUUUUCGCGUGUGCAUAACUCCCCCGUGGAACGAUGAACGGGUUAAGUUUUAGUGAAUUCUGUUGCUUAUUUUGCUGUCCACCCUGCCCGUCCAGAAUCGCUGCGAAAGUAGCGUUUCUUCCGCCUCUGCCAACCUAUACAUUCAUCGAGGAUGAAGGCUCCAAAUUCACGAUUUCUCUGUCGGAGAGGGCCGAAUGGCAAUACACGGAAAGAGAAAAGGAAUCCGUCGAAGGUUUUUACGCAAGAACGUCACGAGGAAAUCGAAUAGCCUGCCUGUUUGUACGGUGUUCGGCCACCGCACGUUUUACCAUAUUAUUCUCUCACGGAAAUGCGGUUGAUCUUGGACAGAUGUCCAGUUUCUAUCUGGGACUUGGAUCAAGAAUAAAUUGUAACAUAUUCAGUUAUGAUUAUUCGGGUUAUGGAGUUUCUGGUGGCAAGCCGUCAGAAAAGAACCUGUACGCGGACAUCGACGCUGCGUGGCAUGCUCUCAGAACACGUUACGGUAUUAGCCCGGAAAACAUUAUUCUGUACGGUCAAAGUAUUGGGACUGUACCCACGGUCGAUUUGGCCGCGCGAUACGAGGUUGGCGCAGUUGUUCUGCAUUCGCCUCUGAUGUCGGGAAUGCGAGUCGCUUUUCCCAAUACCAAAAGAACUUGGUUCUUCGACGCUUUUCCAAGUAUAGAUAAAGUACCCAAAGUAACAUCCCCUGUUUUGGUCAUCCAUGGAACUGAGGAUGAAAUAAUAAACUUCAGUCAUGGAUUAGCUAUUUAUGAAAGGUGUCCAAGAGCAGUGGAACCAUUAUGGGUUGAGGGUGCUGGUCAUAAUGAUGUAGAGUUGUACAACCAAUAUUUAGAGAGAUUGAAGCAAUUUGUAAACGUGGAGCUGGUGAACUGACGGCGACUAAGCCUCUCCCAAAAUCAGGGAGGGCAGGGAGGAGGACAUACACAUGUCAGCAGUCAAGGACAUACCACUUCAAACAAUUCAAAUACCAUCAGUUCCAUUUCAACAAGCUCACAGACUGAAAAACUUGUCUAGCAAUCGCCCCUCACAGGGGAGAAGGCUCCUGUUCUCCCCUGUGACGAAGAAUCAUCUGUUGCAUCUAUAGAUGAUGGAUUCUUCUUUCGUGAUCAACAGAUAGU